GUCUACUACUAAUUUUAUUUUGAUAUUUGACCAUGUCAAGAUUAUGUGCAACUGCUUUUCAAUCAUUACCCAAGCCAUUGGUACAGGAAAUACGAUUCAAAACAUUAAAUCUAUAUAAAUCAUUGUUACAAUCAAGUCAACACUAUCCUCCAGGUCAAUUGUUAAAAGAAGGCAUUAGAAAAGAAUUCAAAAAGAAUAAAUAUAAUACUUCAAGGAAAAAAAUAUCUGUAUUACUAACAGAAGCUGAAAAGACACUAGAUUAUUUAGAGAAAGGGAAAAAGGAUGAAACGAUAGCAAGUAAAAUAGUUGAAUAUGUAAAGAAAUACACAAAGAAAGAGACCAAGAAAAAAAAGCCAGCUAUUAUUCAAGUUAAAAAAAAGCCAAAGAUGACGAAAAGAAAACGUUAUCAAGUAGCUAUUACAACACGAACUGCACAUGGAUUUGAAUUUAAACGAGUUAGAGGUUGGGUACAGCCUGUUCAGACAUCGAUGAUGCUUAAAAAAAGAGUAAAGACGAAUCAAGCAAGAAUUGAUAAAAGUGAUAAACUUAAAGAGGAAUUAAAUAUGAUUCGAAUGGAAGAAAGAUUUUUAAGGCAACUGAAUUGUUUGCCUAAAGAGGGUUUAAUAGAUUAUGAAAUAAAUAUUAAAGAGGCAUUGACAGAGUUGAGCAAAUAUCGAUUCAUGAAGAAAGAGCAAGAAGAGACAUUAGAAGAAGUAGAAGAAUUAUAAUAUAACUACUACACUGAGACAAUUGAAGUAGUCUAUUCUAUACAAUAAAUAAUGGUUUUAAUGUAGUUAUUUCA